GGCGCCGGGAGGCCCCCCAAGCGCAACGCCUUCUACCGCAAGCUGCAGAAUUUUCUGUACAACGUGCUGGAGCGGCCGCGCGGCUGGGCGUUCAUCUACCACGCCUACGUGUUCCUGCUGGUCUUCUCGUGCCUCGUGCUGUCCGUGUUCUCCACCAUCAAGGAGUACGAGAAGAGCUCCGAGGGCGCGCUCUACAUCCUGGAAAUCGUGACCAUCGUGGUGUUCGGCGUGGAGUACUUCGUUAGGAUCUGGGCCGCGGGCUGCUGCUGCCGGUACCGUGGCUGGAGGGGGCGGCUCAAGUUUGCCCGGAAGCCAUUCUGUGUGAUCGACAUCAUGGUGCUGGUCGCCUCCAUCGCUGUGCUGGCUGCGGGCUCCCAGGGCAACGUCUUCGCCACGUCGGCGCUCCGGAGCCUGCGGUUCCUGCAGAUCCUGCGGAUGAUCCGCAUGGACCGGAGGGGCGGCACCUGGAAGCUUCUGGGCUCCGUGGUCUAUGCCCACAGCAAGGAGCUGGUCACCGCCUGGUACAUCGGCUUCCUCUGCCUCAUCCUGGCCUCGUUCCUGGUGUACUUGGCAGAAAAGGGGGAGAACGACCACUUUGACACCUACGCAGACGCGCUCUGGUGGGGCCUGAUCACGCUGACUACCAUCGGCUACGGUGACAAGUACCCCCAGACCUGGAACGGGAGGCUCCUGGCAGCUACCUUCACCCUCAUUGGCGUCUCCUUCUUUGCCCUUCCUGCGGGUAUUCUGGGAUCUGGCUUCGCCCUGAAGGUUCAAGAGCAGCACCGCCAGAAGCACUUUGAGAAGAGGCGGAACCCAGCUGCCGGCCUGAUCCAGUCGGCCUGGAGGUUCUACGCCACCAACCUGUCGCGCACAGACCUGCACUCCACGUGGCACUACUACGAGCGCACCGUCACCGUGCCCAUGUACAGACUCAUCCCCCCUCUGAACCAGCUGGAGCUGCUGCGGAACCUCAAGAGCAAAUCUGGGCUCACCUUCAGGAAGGAGCCGCAGCCAGAACCGUCCCCAAGUCAGAAGGUCAGUUUGAAGGAUCGUGUCUUCUCCAGCCCCCGGGCUGUGACUGCCAAGGGCAAGGGGUCCCCCCAGGCCCAGACGGUCCGGCGGUCACCGAGCGCUGACCAGAGCCUCGAGGACAGCCCAAGCAAGGUGCCCAAGAGCUGGAGCUUCGGGGACCGCAGCCGGGCACGCCAGGCCUUCCGAAUCAAGGGUGCAGCGUCACGGCAGAACUCUGAAGAAGCAAGCCUCCCCGGGGAGGACGCCGUGGACGACAAGAGUUGUAACUGCGAGUUCGUCACUGAGGACCUGACCCCCGGCCUUAAAGUCAGCAUCCGGGCCGUGUGCGUCAUGCGGUUCCUGGUGUCCAAGCGGAAGUUCAAGGAGAGCCUGCGGCCGUACGAUGUGAUGGAUGUCAUCGAGCAGUACUCGGCCGGUCACCUGGACAUGCUGUCCCGCAUCAAGAGCCUGCAGGCCAGGAUAGAUAUGAUUGUGGGCCCCCCACCCCCUUCAACUCCCCGGCACAAGAAGUACCCCACCAAAGGACCCACGGCCCCCGCGAGAGAGUCGCCCCAGUACUCUCCUAGAGUGGACCAGAUCGUGGGGCGGGGACCAGCGAUAGCGGACAAGGACCGCACCAAGGGCCCCACGGAUGCAGAGCUCCCCGAAGACCCCAGCAUGAUGGGCCGCCUGGGGAAGGUGGAGAAGCAGGUGCUGUCCAUGGAGAAGAAGCUGGACUUCCUGGUGAGCAUUUACACGCAGCGCAUGGGGAUCCCCCCUGCGGAGGCCGAGGCCUACUUUGGGGCCAAGGAGCCGGAGCCGUACCACAGUCCUGAGGACAGCCGGGAGCCGGCGGACAGGAACGGCCACAUCAUCAAGGUCGUGCGCUCCGCCAGCUCCACGGGCCACAAGAACUUCUCAGCGCCACCGGCCAUGCCGCCCUCCCAGUGCCCGCCCUCCACCUCAUGGCAGCGCCAGGGCCAUGGCGUCUCGCCCGCAGGGGACCACAGCUCGCUGGUGCGCAUCCCACCUCCCCCCACCCACGAGCGGUCGCUGUCUGCCUACAGUGGGGGCAACCGGGCCAGCACAGAGUUCCUGCGGCUGGAGGACGCCCCAGGUGGCAGGCCCCAUGAGGGCGCCCUGCGGGACAGCGACACGUCCAUCUCCAUCCCGUCCGUGGACCAUGAGGAGCUCGAGCGUUCCUUCAGUGGCUUCAGCAUCUCCCAGUCCAAGGAGAACCUGGACGCCCUCAACAGCUGCUAUGCGGCCGCAGCGCCCUGUGCCAAAGUCCGGCCCUACAUUGCUGAGGGCGAGUCGGACACGGACUCGGACCUCUGCACCCCCUGCGGGCCCCCGCCGCGCUCCGCCACAGGAGAGGGCCCCUUUGGUGACGUGGGCUGGGCUGGGCCCAGGAAGUGAUGCCGCACUG